AUGGCAUAUUCUCUUGAUUUGAAGCAGCAUCACUCAUCACGGCUACGUAGAUAUCGGCCGGCUGCGACUGAAUCGGCCACUAUCAAGUCUGUCAACCAGAAUGGUAGCGGAGGCAAUGAGGUUGUGGGCAUGCGUGUCGGAUCGUUGCAGUAG